AGGAAGUGCGCAUGCGCCACAGCAUUAAUGUUCCCACCGAGUUUAAGCGUGCUGCACCUUUUGACUGUAAAAUGUAAAGAAACAAGUUUCUCGUACAAUAUUUAACUUGUCUCUGAGGAUUAGGUUAAAGAUUCCGGCGACGUUUGUGCGUUUUGUUUUCGUUUGCCGCUUCACAAACUAACUUUUAUGACUUUAUUAGGGUCAAAAGAUAGUCGGUGAAGCUAGUUCCGCCUUGCUGUGAUGGACAGCAGCGACAAGUGUCAAAAGUAAGCAGGGGUCAACGAGAUACAGAGAAAACACGGCACCUGUCUGUCGGAUACUCUUCCAUACGACUUGAGCGGUCACUUGAAAAGGAGCUGCUGACUGCUGAGUUUUGGACACUGUGAUGGAAAAUCAAGAUGAUGAAGUCAACCUGCAAAACAGCACAACAGGGGGCGAAGAAGCUAACUCUGGCGGGGGAACACCUCCAACCAAACGCAAAGGCAAGUUUUCCAAGAUGGGGAGGAUCUUCAAGCCCUGGAAGUGGAGGAAGAAGAAGCCAAGUGAGAAGUUUACUGAAACGUCUAUAGCUUUGGAAAGAAAGAUUUCAGUCAGAAAAAGUCGCCAAGAGCUGAUUGCAAGAGGACUUCUAAAGGACAUUACAGAGAAUGAGAGCAAUAAUGUGACCCACUCCAAAGGUCCACCCGUGAAAAAUGGGCACCCUAUGCCAAUGGAUGUGGACAGGGUGUCUGAAGCUGGGGUGCGAGUGUCUAGAGGGGAGUCUGACAUGAAAGUGAAUCCCCCCAGGCUUGCUCCCGGAGAUGAACGGCGAAUUAGAGCACCAUCUGACGCCUCCCGCAGUAACCGCGCACCUCUGGAUGUGGACUCUCACGCUCGGUUUCCUGUGGAUGUGGACAGACGAAGCCGUCUGCCGUCAGAUGAUAAGAGGGGAGGAUCUUUAUCCCGAGGACCACCUCAGGAAGAUAGAUACCGCAGGGAGGAGAGAAGAGAAGGGAAAGACGACAGAGAGGACAGGGGAAGGAAGGACCGGGAAGACACGGAGAGACGGGACUGGCGUGAAGACCGGGAGAAGGAUGGGGCAGUCGACCGCAGGGAAGAUAGAGAUUUCAGAGAUAGGCGAGAUUGGAGAGAUGACCGCGAGAAGAGGGACGAAAGGUCAGACCGAGACAAUAGGGAAAGGAAAGAUCGUGAAGAAAGAGAACGACGAGACAGGGAUGAGAGGGAAAGGAGGGAUCGCGAUGAAAGGGAACGAAGAGAUCGCGAGGAGCGAGAAAAGAGAGACAAGGAUGAAAGGGAACGUAGAGAUCGUGAAGAGAGAGAAAGGGAUGAGAGAGAGUGCAAAGAUCGCGAAGAGAGAGACAGGAGAGAUAGGGAUGAGAGCGAGAGAAGAGAUCGUGAGGAGAGAGAACGGAGGGAUCGAGACGAUAGAGAGAGGAGAGACCAAAGAGAAAGAAGAGAAGACAGGGAAAGGCGCCCUGAGAGGGAAAAGAGAGAUGAAAGAGAAGACAAGGACAGGAAAGAUGCACGCACAGACAAAGAUGAUAGAGAUCGGCGAUAUGACAGAGACAGGCGAGAUGAAGGCGAGAGGAGAGAGGACAGGGACAGACGGGAUGAGUGGGUCAAAAGAAAUGAAAGAGAACGGCGAGACGAGCGGGAAAAUAGAGAGGAGAAGGACAGGAAGGAGAAGCUAGAUGAAUUGCGGCCUCUUGUCAGACCUGUCUCUGACAUAGGCUCGCGGCAUCCUCUACAGAAGAGCUCCUCAGAGGAAAACAAGAAAACUCGUCCUGCCUCAGAGACUGAAUGGAGGAGUACACUUCCCAGAUACCAACCAGCUCCAGACUUCAGAGAGCGCUCAGAGUCUGCUGUUGCCCGCUUUGCACCUGACAAUCAUUCAACACAAGACUCCCAGCAUGACCCUUCCAAACCCAAACAAGCCCUGCUUCCCCCAAAAUUCCUCACCACUCCUUCCACCGAGUCAGGCAGGAGUCCGACCCCCUCCUCAUCCUCCUCCUCCUCCUCCUCCUCCUCUUCUUCCUCCUCCUCCUCUGCCCCUGUAGCUGUGGCCAAACCACCCAGGACCGUCUCCCUAAUAGUCGACGAUGCCCCUCGACCUUUCAUCCCCGCUCCUUUCUCUGCUGACUCUGACACGCCACCUCCUGUCCCUCCGCAUGCCAAGCAGCCUCCUGUGCCACCACCCAAACCCACCAACCGCAACAGCAACCCUGCACUGCACGCUUCCUCACUGAACAGGAGCUCUCAGGCCCAACAGCCUUGUUACUGGACCAGCUGGAGACGUCAGAGUGAGCUUGGCCUCUACCUCUCUCUGCCUGUGUACCUGCGGCACAGAGCUGCAGGGACCUGCACAGAGCUUUCACAGUCAGGCAGUGGUGUCAUCAUUGUCCCGGCACCCGCUAAACGCUCUCCACCAACACCACCGAAGAGGAUGACGCCCGUCACCAAGCGCCACUCUGUGGAUCCCUCUGCUCCUGCUGAGGUCCCAGAGUCUUCCACCACUCCCGCACUGGCACAGCCUGCUCUCCAUAAAGCAGACAACAGUGAAGUCAAAACAAAUGCAGCAGGUCCUCAGGCCAUCACUGAUUCUUUGCCUUCACCACCGACUCACAUACCUCCAUCACCUCCCAGGGUUCAGUCACUCCAACUUCCCAGCACCACCUCCACCUCUGCUCCUGUGCCCACCAUACAAGCAGAUCCCCCCAGCCCAACCACAGAGCCUCCCAACCAACCUCCAGCCAUCCCUCUACACAUACUCAUCCAGAGAGCUUUGGCCAGCCCCGGCCCACCUCAGCCUAACCAGGAUGGUUCUCAGAGGGCUCACUCACUGCUGUUCGAGUCUCCUCCAGACUUUCUAACUGAUGGGGGUAGCUCACGGCAUUCUCUCCCCGUCACCAUCGAACCUCUCAGACUGCCAGAGGAUGAUGACUUUGACAUGGAGGAGGAGAUGAGGAAGCUCCACCCUCAGAGGCCUCCCCGCCAGCCUGAACUGGAGCCCCGCAGCCGCAGGGGUCUGAUUGGAGACUCCCGAGUCAGCAUCAUUCAUGAGGGUGGAGCCCCUGGGGACAGCGAGGAAGAGUCAGACUCUGAUGGUCCCAUCCUGUAUAGAGAUGACAAUGAUGAUGAUGAAGAUGACGACGAUGGCCCUCCAAGUGGACUGGCGAGUCGUGUGAAGAGGAAGGACACAUUAGCCCUGAAGCUGGAGAGACAAGAGAGAGAGGAGAGGGAUGCACAGGAGAACCAUGACAGCAUGAGCUGGCACAGCAGGGAGCAGUGGUUGGCAGUGAGGAACAAGAUCGGCACUGCACUGACACGGCGACUGAGCCAGAGACCGUCAGCAGAUGAGCUGGAGCAGAGGAACAUUCUUCAAGCCAAGAAUGAAGCAGAUCGACGAUUAGAGAGAUGUGAGAUCAAACGGAGGCUCACCAGAAAGCUGUCGCAGAGGCCCACAGUGGCCGAACUCCAGGCCAGGAAGAUCCUGCGUUUCCACGAAUAUGUGGAGUGCACCCAUGCCCAGGACUACGACCGUCGAGCAGAUAAACCGUGGACCAAGCUGACUCCUGCUGACAAGGCUGCCAUCCGCAAAGAGCUUAAUGAAUUCAAGAGUUCUGAGAUGGAGGUUCAUGAAGAAAGCAAGAUCUAUACCAGGUUCCAUCGUCCUUAGCUUUCCUCUGUAAAACACUCAGACUGGGAAGAGGUACUAUACAAACCUUCCUAUCCCUUCCUUUAUGAGCUCAACACAUGUGACCGGAGCUGAUAAACUGGAACCAAAGCAAGACAACGCCACAAUCAUUCUGGCCAAGCCUGGUCCCCCAAACAGACUGUUAAGGGGACUGCAGUAUUGGAAUCACUACAGCAAGAGUUUGAUUAGCACCCGAUGCUAACACUAAUGUGAGUGAGGAGUCCUUCCUCCAUCCCUCUGCUGGUGCUCGGUAACGUGGGGAGACUUUGCUCUUCAUUCUUUUGCCUGCCUCCAUGAGCAGAACAGGAAGACCAUGCACGCACCGACACAAGUGUACUUCCUGUUAGCAUCACUGACGUUAGCAGCGGCUCAUUCUGGAGUCAGAUUAAACACUGUUGAUAAAAAUAUAUGUAUGCAUGUUUGGUACUACCACUAAGGUGCUAUGUUGCACUAGCCUUAUUCCACACGUAAUAUUACACUGUCAUUAAUUGACAAAAUGUGAAAGAUGCUGGAACGACACUGUUUUCUUUUUUUUGUCUUAUUUAAACCUCAGUCAUAACUGUAGAAUCAACGGUUGAUCGACCUGCUGUCCCACCACCAACUGUAUUUUCAUCAUCAUUUAAACGAUUGUCACAGAGCACGUAUGACUAAAUUAUCCUCUAAUAAGGCACCUUGUGUUCCUUAAUUGAAAACAAAAUUCAAGGUUUUGAGCAUAUCUCCUUUUUAAUAAUAAAUUAUCCAAGCAGGAAAAUGUACAUAUUUUUAUUUUCCUCGUUUGAUGAUGAUCCUUUAUGAUAUAUGUAAGUGUAUAGAUGGAUGGCCACAAAUGUAUAGCUCACUAUGUAGAUUUGAUUAUUGACUUUAUAUUGUGUAUCUACAGUAAUGCUGACAUGUUUCAAUUGUAAAGUAUUUCUCAAAUGUCUUUUUCAAGCGCAGUGGUACAAAGGUUCUUUCUUUUCUUAUUUUGAUACAGAUAUCUUUAAAGUUUAAACUUUUUUGCAAGAACACUGUACAAAUGGAAAAUCCACUCAGAAAUUAAAAGAAGCAAUGAUUUUCA